CUAGAGUCUAGACACUCGGCGACAAGCAUAGGGUGGGUUGUGUGCAAUCAGCACGUUGUUAUUCUUUCAUGGAUUAAAGUAGGAAGGCGCAUUGGAAAUGCACACGCUGGAAGGAUUUCAAACAUACACGUAUACAGAAUAAGGGUUCUGGAACAAGAUGGACAUGAGUUUGAAACAGCUGGUCCCAGUUAUUCUCUUUUUAUACCUGAAGAAUUUAUCCUCAGGACAUAGCUGUGGUAUAAUUAUUCCCGAAUCCCCAUCUGUGGAGCUGAACACAGAGUUCACAGCAACCUGCAUUUUAUUUGACCAUUGCAAGUUGCAAUUCAAAACAAGUUUUGCAAAAGAUAUAUUCUGGAAAUUCAAACAGCAUCGUGUUCCAAGGGAGCAGUAUAGAAGAAUAAAUGACUCCGCAGUCAGCGUUACAGUUAACUAUACAAGUGAACUGGAAAAUCCAUUGACAUGUAAUGUUUUGUUGUAUUCUCAAUUAGAGCAAAACAUCUAUGGUAUUUUCAUUAAAAGUGGCUUUUCUCCAGAGAAACCAAGCAAUUUGACAUGCAUUUUAUAUCAGGAUAACAUGGAACUCUCUGACAGUAUUUCAUGCUCUUGGACUUCAGGAAGACCUACACUCAUGCCAACAGUGUAUACACUUAAAGCAGAAACGUCUUUUAAUGCCUUUCGAAACCAAACAAACAGUAAUAGUUGUGAAUUGAAGAUGGUAACUGUUCCUAUUUUUGUUAACAUGGUAUUUUCGGUGGAAGCAAGCAAUGUCCUUGGGAUAGCUGUGUCGGAUGUACUGGUGUCUGAUCCUGUUUAUUUAGUGAAACCAAGUCCACCAGUAAUUAAAAAAUUUAUUGCAGAAAAUGACUUUCCUAACUAUUUGAUGGUCCAGUGGGAGCACCCUUUACCUUCUUAUAUUAUGCUUUUUAAAUAUAACAUUCGUUAUAGGCCAAAGGAUACUGAUGUUUGGACUGAGAUUCCAGAGAAUGACACAAGCAGCUACAUUCAGACAUUCAGCCUUCAGGAUCUUUCUGCUGAUACAAAAUAUGGUGUUUCAGUACGUUGCAUGAAUUCAGAAGGCAAAGGAUACUGGAGUGACUGGAGUAAAGAAGCCUUUCAAAUUACACCUGAAGCAAAACCAUCUAAGAAACUGGAUAUUUGGAGAGUGAUUGGGCCUGCUGAUGCUUCAGGAAAAAGAAUAAUAGAGGCAGUAUGGAAGACUCUACCUCACUUUUCAGCAAAUGGUGUAAUCAAAGUAUAUAAUGUUCAGGUUGAAUCUCUGAAGACCAAGGACUUUUUCAGUUAUAAUGUUACAAACACAACUGAAAGAUUGCAUUUGUCAGAGAAAGAACCCUAUCGUAUAACUAUUGUUGCCUAUAAUUCUAAAGGAAAAUCUCCUGAUGCAAGAAUUGUUAUUCCAGAGAGUAAUAAUAACACAGAAUCUUCUCCUGUGGAAAGCAUAGUACCCAAUUCUCUUGAUGGACAGAUGCAUGUCAAAUGGAAGGCCAAUACUGCUCGAGUAACUUACUUUGUUGUGGAUUGGUGUGUUGUCUCUGAAAAGGGAUGUUCCUUGGUAUCUUGGCAGUAUGAAAAUAAAUCUUCACUACAAACUAUCCUGAAAGGAGAUUUCAAACCAGGAAUUCGUUACAGAAUUUCAGUGUGCCCAGUUUAUAAGGACAUUUCCAAACCAUGCUUCGCAGAGGAACAGUAUUUUCAAGAAAAUUGUCCUAAAGUUGGUCCUUCAAUUAUUAAAAGUAAAAGGGAAAAGAACAGUGUGGAACUGGAAUGGGAAUUGAUUUCUGUGGAUAAAUUGAAUGGAUUCAUAAAAAACUAUACUGUUUUUUACAAAGCUGCUGAAGAAAAUGAAAACUCAAUUACUGUUGAACCUCAAGACCGGAAAGUCACUUUAAAUUCGUUGUCAAGUAAUACUAUGUAUAUUGUCCAUGUAAUGGCAUCAACUUCUGCGGGGGGAACAAACGGCUCACAAUUUACAUUUACAACACUGAAAUAUGCUCCAGGGGAAAUUGAAGCAAUAGUUGUGCCUGUGUGCUUAUGCUUUAUUUUCAUUGUUGUCAUUGGAAUGCUCUUCUGUUUUAACAAGCGUGAAAUGAUUAAGAAACACGUUUGGCCACAAGUACCUGAUCCCUGGAAUAGCACAAUUGCAAACUGGCUACCAAACAGUCCAUCUCAGAGUAAUGUCAGUCCUAAGGAACCAGUCUGUCCAGAGGGUAGCAUUACAAACUUCAGUGUAAUUGAAAUAGGAUUAUGUGACAGUAAGUCAUUUACUGAUGAGUAUAACAAAGAUUCAUUGAAGAAAGGCAAAUAUACAUCUGAUGAGCACAGCAGUGGAAUUGGAGGAUCAUCUUGCAUGUCAUCACCUCGACAGAGUGUUUCUGACAGUGACGAAGGGGAUUCAGCACAAACAACAUCAAGUACAGUGCAGUAUUCCACUGUUGUACCAAGCAAUUAUAGGGGCCAGGGACAUUUACCCUCUUCUACAGUUUUCUCAAGAUCAGAGUCUACACAACCCUUGCUUGACUCAGAGGAAAGGCCAGAAGACCAACAUUCCUAUGGAAAUAUCAAUACAGAGAAUGGAGAGCAUCUGCCACAAAGUAUUGAUCAAGAUACCAGAAAACAGAAGGGAUCUUAUUUUAAAAGACCUAAACCAAUCAACGAAGACAGUCUACUUAAGCUGCAUCAAAUAGAGAUUGCAGGUCAAAGUUCUGAUUCAUUUAAGUUUUGUUCCACUGAGGACGGAGGUCUACCAAGCUCAAAUGAUAGUGACGCUUUGCAUGUAGACAGUAGUACAAGCCCUGGCAUGCACAUGGACUUAGAGAGCAGUGAAAAGAUGAGUUACAUGCCACAGCUCAGUGGAUACAGACCACAGUGACAGUCUGUGUCAGUCUCCUAGUCUGUUUCUCAUGUCAUACAUGACAUAAUCUGGUUUUAGAUCUGUGUUUAAUGUUUGCUUUUGCUUAUGCAGUAGCAAAACAUCGUUACUGUGAAGUGUUGGUCAGGUUAGUUUUGCUCAUUCAUAUAUUUAUUUUAGUUGAAACUGAAGAAAAGACAUACCAGUCAUUUAUAAAUAUACUAAAUAAUAUAUACCGUAAUCAUGUUGCAUUAUUUUAACAUGACAAAGCCUAUAUUAGUUGUUGUCAUUAAUAUAACAAACUAAGCAUUUUUUUUUUGAUUAUGAGAAAACAUUGCUACAUUUCAAGUUUGAUAACAUUAGUGUUGAAGUAAAAAAAAAAUAACCAGACAUAAAAAAUGUCACUUUCUCAGUUCUAACAAAUGCUUUUAUUAGUUUCUUUUUAAGCUCUGAAAAUGUAAUGUAAUUUUUUGCUUGGUCAAACAUUACAGUUUUUAAAAGGAAAAUAUUUUUCAUGUGUUUUGUAUUACUGUGAUAAGAUUGUUUCCAAAUUAUUUUCUUAAUGUUAAUCAGAAAUGAAAUAUAAUCAGGAACACAAUUUGUCUGAACCAGUGUCAAGUGAACUGUGAAAAUAUAAAUAAUUAUUUUGUUUUUAUAAUACUUCACCACAAAAUAAAAAAGCAUUCUAUUGGUGUACUAUACUAGACAAGUUAAUAUACCAUAUGAACUAUUAAACACAUGUUCA